AUGUAUCUCUACAAUCUUACGCUUCAGCGGGCGACGGGCAUCAGCCACGUCAUUUUCGGCAACUUCUCAGGGACGAAGGAGCAGGAAAUAGUGGUCGCGAGAGGGAAGAUUCUCGAGCUAUUACGGCCAGAUGCCGCGGGAAAGUUGCAGAGCCUGUACGCGGUAGAAGUCUUCGGCGAGAUUCGUUCGCUCGUCCAAUUCCGCCUCACCGGCUCCUCUAAGGACCUUAUUGUCGUGGGAUCCGAUUCUGGCCGAAUCGUUAUUCUGGAGUAUAACCGGGAGAAGAAUCUCUUCGAUAAAAUACACCAGGAGACCUAUGGCAAGUCGGGAUGUCGCCGGAUCGUCCCUGGCCAAUUCCUGGCCGUGGAUCCGAAAGGUCGAGCGGUCAUGAUCGCAGCCUGCGAGAAGCAGAAAUUUGUUUACGUUCUGAACCGCGACAGCUCGGCGCGCCUCACAAUCUCAUCCCCGUUAGAAGCUCACAAGUCGCAAACCCUAGUCUUCUCCGUGGUCGGCGUCGACUGCGGAUUCGACAACCCCAUUUUCGCCGCCAUAGAACUCGAUUACGCCGACGCGGAUCAGGACCCGUCGGGCCAAGCAGCAGCCGACGCGCAGAAGCAGCUGACAUUCUACGAGCUCGAUCUGGGUCUGAAUCACGUUGUGCGGAAAUGGGCCGAGCCCGUCGACAACGGCGCGAACCUCCUCGUCGCCGUCCCCGGCGGUGCGGACGGGCCGUCGGGCGUGCUGGUAUGCGCGGAGAAUUUCGUGAUUUACAAGAACCAGGGCCACCCGGAUGUGCGCGCCGUCAUUCCGCGCCGCGCCGACCUCCCCGCGGAGCGCGGCGUGCUGAUCGUCGCUGCCGCGACGCACAAGCAGAAGUCGAUGUACUUCUUCCUCCUGCAGACCGAAUACGGCGACGUCUUUAGGGUUACCCUAGAGCACGACCCCAAGGACACGGACCGCGUGACGGAGCUGAAGAUUAAGUACUUCGACACGAUCCCGGUGGGCGCUGGGCUGUGCGUGCUGCGCGCGGGGUUCCUGUUCGCGGCAUCUGAGUUCGGCAACCACGCGCUGUACCGGUUCCAGGGCAUCGGGGACGACGAGGAGGUGGAGUCGAGCUCCGCCACUCUCAUGGAGACAGAUGAAGGGUUUCAGCCCGUCUUCUUCCACCCGCGCCGCCUCAAGAACCUGGUGCAGAUUGACGAGGUGGAAUCAUUAAUGCCGCUGCUCGACCUCAAGGUAUCCAACCUCUUCGACGAGGAGACCCCGCAGGUCUUCGCGCUGUGCGGCCGCGGCCCGCGCUCCUCCCUGCGCAUCCUCCGCCCGGGGCUCGCCGUGACGGAGAUGGCGGUAACGCAGUUACCAGGCGUGCCGAGCGCGGUGUGGACGGUGCGCAAGAGCGCGCAGGACGAGUUCGACGCGUACAUCGUGGUGUCGUUCGUCAACGCCACGCUCGUGCUCAGCAUUGGCGACACCGUGGAGGAAGUUAGUGACAGUGGAUUCCUGGACACGACUCCGUCACUCGCCGUUUCCCUCCUGGGCGAGGACUCGCUCAUGCAGGUGCAUCCGAGUGGCAUUCGGCACAUCAGGGCGGACGGGCGCAUCAACGAGUGGAAGACGCCCGGCAAGAAGAGCAUCGUCAAAGUUGGCUGCAAUCGCUUCCAGGUCGUGAUCGCCCUUUCAGGAGGCGAGCUAGUGCAUUUCGAGAUGGACGUGAGGGGGCAGAUGGUGGAGAUGGGCAAGAAGGAUAUGCCGGGGGACGUCGCCUGCCUUGACGUCGCCCCCAUCCCCGAGGGCCGCCAGAGGGCGCGCUUUCUGGCCGUCGGAUCGUAUGACUCGACGGUUCGGAUUCUCUCGCUGGACCCUGAUGAGAACAUGCAGGUGCUGAGCGUGCAGGCAGUGUCAGCCCCACCGGAGUCUCUCCUCUUCCUCGACGUCCCCACCGGGCCCGGCACAGACGGCCCUGCCUCCACCGCUGCCGCCUCCUCCUCCGCUGCUGCCGCCCACGUGCCGUCCAGCCUCUUCCUCAACGCUGGCCUGCAGAACGGUGUGCUGCUCCGUACUGAAGUGGAUAAGAAUUCCGGGCAGCUCUCUGAUUCGCGCACGCGCUUCCUCGGGCUGCGCGCGCCGAAACUUUUCGGUGCCCAGCUGAGGGAGCGGCGCGCCAUGCUGUGUCUCUCCAGCCGCCCCUGGCUCGGGUACUCCCUUCUGGGAAGCUUCCAUUUGACGCCCCUGUCCUAUGAGGCUCUAGAGUAUGCUGCUCCGUUUGCGUCAGACCAGUGCCCAGAGGGUAUUGUGGCGGUGGCGGGGGAAACGCUGCGAGUGUUCACGGUGGAGAGGCUUGGAGAGGUCUUUAAUCAGACGGUGAUUCCGCUAAGGUACACCCCGCGCAAGGCUGUGCUGCAUCCGCGUUAUAAGAACAUCGUGACUAUAGAGAGCGACCAGGGCGCGUUUUCGGCGGAAGAGAGGGAGGAGCUGAGGAAGGAAGCGAUUGAAGUGACCGGGGCUGCGGAGCGGAUGGAGGAGGAGAGAAGGGAGAGGAAGGAGGCGGCACGGGCAGCGAGAGGAGCCCGAGGGGAGGAUGGGGAGGAGGGGAUGGAGGAGGAGGAGGAGGAGGAAGAGGAGGAGGACGAGAAGGCCAAAGAUCCGCUACCGGACGAGCAAUUCGGGUACCCGAAAACGGUCCCAUCGAAAUGGGCGUCGUGCAUCCGGGUGAUCAACCCCAAGGCAGGCGAGACGACGUGCCUCAUGGAGCUCACAGACAGCGAAGCCGCCUUCUCGCUCUGCACCGUCAACUUCCACGCGGAUAAAACCGAGGGCGGGGCCGCAGCGGGGCAGUACCUGGUUGUCGGCACGGCGAAAUCCCUGCAGUUCUGGCCCAAGAGGAACCUUCUGGGAGGGUUCCUCCAUGUGUAUAAGUUCAAGGGGGAAGACGGGAGGGAGCUGGAGUUGGUGCAUAAGACGGCGGUGGAAGGGGGGGUGCCCACGGCCCUGUGUGCGUUUCAUGGGAGGCUGCUGGUGGGGGUUGGGAACGUGCUGAGGAUAUAUGAUCUUGGGAAGAAGAAGCUUCUGAGGAAGUGCGAGAACAAGCAGUUCCCGCAUGCGAUCGUGAGCAUCCAUGCGUGUGGCGAUCGCAUCUACGUGGGCGACGUGCAGGAGUCAUUCCACUACGUGCAGCACAGCCGGCAGGAGAACCAGCUGUACGUCUUUGCCGACGACGUCACCCCGCGCUGGCUGACCUCGGCGCUGCGCGUCGACUUUGACACGAUGGCGGGCGGGGACAAGUUUGGCAACGUGUGUCUGGUGCGGCUGCCAGGGGAGAUUUCUGAAGAGAUUGAGGAGGAUCAGACUGGCGGGCGGGUCAAGUGGGACGCCGUGGGAGGGGGACGACUGAACGGAGCACCAAACAAGCUCGAGCAGGUGAUUCAGUUCCACGUGGGGGACAUCGUGACAGCCAUGCAGAAGACCUCCCUCAUUCCAGGCGGCAGCGAGUGCAUAAUCUACAGCACGAUGCUGGGGUCGGUGGGGGCGCUGCUGCCCUUUGUCUCACGGGAGGACGUGGAUUUCUUCUCGCACCUCGAGAUGCACCUGCGCCAGGAGCACCCUCCCCUCGCCGGCCGCGAGCACGUCGCCUACCGAUCCGCCUACUUCCCUGUCAAGGAUGUGAUUGAUGGAGACUUGUGCGAGCAAUUCCCGUCGCUUUCGCUGGAGCUGCAAAAGAAGAUUGCGGAAGAGCUUGAUCGCACACCAGGAGAGAUUCUCAAGAAGCUAGAGGACAUAAGAAACAAGAUUCUCCUCCGAUCCGCACUUGUCUCUGUCUGCGAUCCACCCGGUCACGACCUAGAGCGUUGGACGGUGGCAAACCUUUACGCCGAUGCCUUAAUCGCUUUUGAGAAUUCUCAAAAGCGACUCAAGCAUCUCUCGCUGCUCGUGAGCGCGUUGAAGGAGAAGAUUUCCACGCAGGUGCAGGUUCCAGCUGGCAGCCAGCGAUUGGUCUUCCGGGGGAAGGUUCUCAAGGACGAUCAGACCCUCGCAUCCUACGGCAUCAGCGCGGGCCAUGUGGUGCACUUAGUCUCGCGCCUCACGGGGGACUCCUCCCCUUCUUCCGCGCAUGGCGCGCGCGGGGGCGCGGAGGGGGAGGUGACCCGCGGAAGGGCAAGGAUUUUGCGCGGAGGACAGGGGAGGGGCGGCGCAGGGGGAGAGAGGGGCAGCGGUGGCGGUAUGGGAGGGAUACGGAUUGUUCCGGGGGGAGCGUUUGGGGGAGGCUUGGGUCACGUGCAGAUCGGCGGCCUGCCUGCCUCUGGAACCGUUCAUCUGGGCACGUUUAACCUCCCAUCGGACGGCUCUCAGGGCCUUCCGGACCUGAACCAGUGUCUAAUUCACUUCAUCCGAGACCCGGCCCCUCCACCCGCACUCUCCACUCCACCCUCCCCCUCCACUCCACCCUCCCUCUCCGCAUUCCCAUUUCGCCCCUGCGCCCAUCAGAUCGUGUCAGGUGUGCUUUCAUCCAUUGGCCUUGGAGCCGUGGGGCUGGGGGGCAUGGGGGGAGGCAUGGGCGGAGGCAUGGGCGGAGGCAUGGGCGGAGGCAUGGGCGGAGGCAUGGGCGGAGGCAUGGGGGGAGGCAUGGGGGGAGGCAUGGGGGGAGGCAUGGGGGGAGGCAUGGGGGGAGGCAUGGGGGGAGGGGGAGCAGGGAGUGUGCAAGUGGUAGGGGGUGGAAGCGAGGCAGCAGGACCCACUGCGAAUGUCACAAUAGACAUCGCACCCAUCUCGAUGAGAGCCGCUCAGGCGCUCAGACGCCCCUCCCCUGCUGCGGACGGUAAUGCAGCCCAUAACGCUCACACCACCGAUGCUGCUGCUGCUACUUCUGCUGCGGGUGGAGGUGCAGGCAGGGAUGAAGGAGGAAGCGCGGAACAAGAGCAAGCAGGGGAGCAGAGAGCAGGGAUGGAACGAAGGGAGGGUGAAUCCGGGGAACGGAGUGAGGGAGUGGAAGGGGCAGAGGGUAGAGGGGGCGGGGUGCCAGAGGUGCAGAUCCACAUGGACACGUGGCUGCCUGUGAGUGGCUUUGACAUGCCCGUAGGCAUGGCAGGGCCAGGCAUGGGUAUGGGAGGAACGGGCAUGGGAGGCAUGGGAGGUGUGCGAACAGGCAUGGGAGCAGGCAUGGGAGCAGGCAUGGGAGCAGGCAUGGGAGCAGGCAUGGGCAUGCCAUCAGUAAUGGGCACGGCAGCACCAGCAGCCAUGGCUGUGCCAGUGGGCAUUCCUCUGGGCGGCCUCCCCAUCCCUGUGGGCGGCAGCAUGGGUGUUGCUGGCCUGCCUCUCAUGAUGGCUCUUGGCGGCAUGGGACGGGGGGGGAUGGGGCAGCAUGGGGAGGAGCAGGAGGAGGGGGGUGUUAGGCACCCGCAGCAGCAGCAGCAGCAGCAAGGGUCGAGGAUCGCAGGGCGAAGGGACGCGCUUUCCACUGUGGACGAGUAUAUCUCACGCGUGGAGAGUCAGCUGAGGCCGUCAGCUCUGGCACUGCUCUGCACUUGA